AUGGGAGAUGCAACUAGCAAUGGCUUGUCCGACGACAAAAGGCCUCUCAAAAUCAUCAUUGUCGGAGGCGGUAUCGGGGGCUUGACGGCAGCGAUUGGUCUUCGAAAACAGGGACACGAUGUACAUGUCUUUGAACAAUCUCGACUUGCAACAGAGAUGGGUGCAGCCAUGCAUCUGGCACCCAACGCUAAUGGCAUUCUGCGACGCCUAGGGCUAUUUGCAGAAAACUUUGGGGCGAACUUGAUGAGAAGAUUGACCGAGUACUCUGCUGGUGGUGAAAAACUUAGGUCUAUGGAUUCAACAGAACCAAACAAGCGAUGGCAACAUCCAUGGCAUCUCGUUCACCGUGUCGAACUUCAUAACCAAUUAAAAACACUAGCGACGACUGCACAGGACGGAAAUCCGCCUAUUGAGUUCAAGACAGCGACCAGAGUCAUCAGUGUUGACCCCACAAAUGCAUCAGUUGUACUUCAGGAUGGCACUAUAUUCUCUGGUGACGUCGUUAUCGGGGCUGAUGGUGUACACUCCGUAACGCGAAAGGCAGUCCCAGGUGGCCAUCUCGAAGCAUUCUCCAGCGGUAAAAGUGCAUUCCGAUUUCUGGUCCCGAAGCAGGCGGCCCUAGACGACCCUAUCACCGCAGAUCUUGUAAAACAUGAUUGUGAACUUUGUAUUUGGUACGGGAUAGACCGUCGGGUUGUCAUGUACCCGACGUCGAAUAACACCCUUCUGAACUUUGUCGCCAUACACCCUGAAUCCGAAUCUGCCGACGAGACCGACGGAGAUACCUGGGGUAAAACUAGUAACUCACAAAGAAUGUUGCAUAUAUUCUCUUCUUUUGACCCAGCAUUACUCAAACUACUCGACAAGGCAGAUCCUAAAAGUGUCAACGUUUGGAACCUCUUGGACAUGGAUCGAAUGCCGAAGUGGAAUGAAGGCCGGCUCGCCUUACUAGGAGAUGCAGCUCACCCAUUUUUGCCUCACCAGGGACAAGGUGCCGGUGUCGCCAUAGAGGAUGCUGCUUCUCUAUCUGUGGUUCUUCCGUCGGGAACUCCUGUGUCUGAAAUUCCAGGGAGACUAGAGUUGUACAACAAGAUUAGAUACGAGAGGGCGCACCAGAUCCAGGACUUCUCGCGAGUAAUCGGUCAAGACAAAACAGAGGACAGAAAAAGUCUGGACAUGAUGGCAUUCACAAAUUACAAUUUUGGCCACGAUGAAUGGGAUAACUCCACGCAGAAGCUUCGUGAAUGGAGUUGGAGCCGCAUACCAAAUACCUACUGGCGAAUGCCCAUCGCGUUUGGACCAAUGCCUGGUCCUCGCCAAACGCACUUUGGCCUUCCACGAAAUGGGACUAAAUCCACAUUCAUAACGGCGUCGAUCAAGUUCAAGACAUCUCGUACAGUAUUGCAAAACUUAUUUCCGCCAUCCCGCUCUGGCUGGCGAUUCACUGCUCCGGAUACGGUAGCUUAUGCCUCCUUUUCGCAGACCACUUUGAAUAAAAUGGAAUGGCUUGGAGGCUCGGGUUACAACCAUAUUGGUUUGUAUGUUCACGGUGUUGAAUAUGUGAAGAAAGACGGAUCUGUUGCCAAAGGGGCUUAUUUACCCAUUCUCUUCGAGUCUCUCACAGAUCCGAUAGUCUCUGGUCGCGAGGAGCUCGGCAUGCCUAAGUUGUAUGCAUCUAUUGAUGUCUAUCGGCGAGAAAAAUCAUACCGUAUCCGGACAGGUUGGCAAGGUGCCUUUUGGGGUAACUUUCUUCUUGAAGACCUUGUGGAAACGGAUCCUUCUACGGAAUUGGGUGGUAUUACCGGAGACUCCGACGACGGAAUUCUUGCCUACAAAUACAUACCGAAGGCUGGUCGGGUAAAUAAGGGCAUAGCUGCUGAGGAACAUGUGACCUUCGACCCCUUUUCAGAAGCAGACCCAAAGCCGAGACCUCAGAAGAUUUUCAAGACAACCAAGGCUAGUUUCGAGAUUGACCCUCUGAAUUGGGAACAGUUACCGACACUUCAUCAUGUAAUCUCUCGGUUAGCUGAAGUGCCUGUUUAUGAAAUCGUCGGUGCAAAGGUAGUUGAGGGCGAAGGUGUACCGGAUGUCUCUGGGGCGAGGCCAAUCGAGUAA